GGAAACCUGUCCUGCCAUCUUUGUGGGCCCUGCGCCCGCAUUGUUGUCACUACGAAGCAAAUAUUAUCGCGCGUACGUUGCGUGCUCAAACCGCGAAGACUGCGCUAUGUGCUCUCAGCAAUUGAGCACGAUGCUUGCGUUGCCUAUUAGGGGAUAAGAGGGUGUUCGAACUGCGCUAUUAAUCCCAACGCCAGUUACCUUUUCUCGAACGAUGAAGGCGAGCCAUGCCAGGAUCUCCUACCACCGAUCUGGAGACCUCCCAGCAGAGGCCAACUAGCGCGCACGUAGACACGUCCACAAUAACAGCCACCGUGGAUUCGCUCCAAGACCCCGCUCUCCACCAACCUCAUUCCUUCGCACUCGAGGCUCAGCCCGCUCCCCAGCCGGAAUGCCCCUUACCUGCUGUCCCCACUCCCGCCGCUUCGGCCUCGCCAUCCGCUCUCCAACACCCACCUCUCCCGCAUACUGAGCCACAGCUGCCGCAGAAACAAGAACCUAACGAUGCCAACAACGUUCCAGCUGCUGCCGCAAAUUCAGCCGCACCCGAAUCCCCCCCUUCACCGCCAAUAGCCACUGCCACACCGGCCGCACCCACAGCAGCAGCUGUUGUGUCGGUAGCCGCACCCGUUCCGGCGGGACCACCAGAGGCCGUAGAAUGUGAAGGCAGCGGAAACGCCGGUAGCAGCGGUGUGGGCAGCACUCUAGAGCCCGGCCCCGGGUUGCUGCUUCCCAACCCCUUCAGCAGCGUGCAGCGCCAGCAGCUCUUGCAACUAGAUGCGCCCGACCCACAUGGCGCAGGCCUGCUCCUGCAGCAGCAGUACCAGCACCUACUGCUGUUGCAGCACCACCAGCAGCAGCUGCAGCAGUUGCAACAGCAGCAGCAGCAACUGCAGCAGCGAUCAGGGAUGGACCUGACUGGGCCCGCCUCCGCCGCCGCGGCAGCAGCGGCGGCUGUUGCGGGUUCCUUGUUUGGGGGAAAGGCGUCUGAAGCAGGAGCAGCGACCGGGCAGGAUGACGGCGGCCUAGAAUUCUACCUCAACGCCGUCGCCGCUGCGCAACAGCAGCAGCAGCAACAACAAUUGCAGCAACAAAUCCAGCAACACCUGCAGCAGCAACAGCAGCAGCAGGCCCAGGAGAAGCAGCAGCAGCAUGCCGCCCCUCGUCCCUUCGAGGCCACCUCCGCCUUCGCUCUGGGCUUAGGCAGCGGCCUGGCGGGCGCUGAGGACUUGCGGCUCUCCGAUGACGAAGAAGCGCCAACCGGCCCCGAGCUGUCUCUGGGGCUGGGGCUCUCGCAGCAGCAGCAGGGAGCAGGAGGGGCCCAACAGCAGCAGCAGGCCCCCGCCUCGCAUUCGUCUGAGCCGCAGCUGCCUAGACAGCUGUCGCAGCAACUCACGCAGCACUACGCAGCGGGGGCGCUGGGCGGACUGGGGGGCGGGCUGGGCGGUCUCGGUGGGCUGGCCCUCAGCGGCAGCGCCAGUGUGGGGAUGGGGGGUGCGGCGGGCACAGGAGGAGGAAGCGCGGGUGCAGCCGUCGCACAACCUAAACCGCAGCAAUUGCAAUCGCAACCGCAGCGUGCUCCCACCACCGCCAAUGUACCGGUAUUGUCGGCCUCCUCUCCCGCACCUUCACCUGCAACUGCGGCGGCAACAAUGUCGCAACUGGAGGCUGCCGCUGCCGCCGCCGCCGCUGCCAUUGCGGGCCUGAAUCUGGGCGGCGGCCACCAUCACUCCACCUCCCCCGCACCCUCCACCUCCUCUACCUCCUCGGCAGCCGCCGCCGCCGUAGCUGCCGCCACGGCGGCAGCCGCCGCAGCUGCGCAAGCAGCCGUGCCUGCCUCAGCUGCUUCUGGUUCUGCUGCCAGUAACAGCCCCGCGACUCCGCAGCAGCAGCCGAGCGCCGCCACCGCUACAACAGCCGGACCUGCAGCGGACGCCGCUGUCACCGCCCCUUCGAGCGGAGUUGUCGGCCUCGGGCUGUACGACAGCCCUUUGUACGAGCAGUUGUCGUAUGACCAGCGCAGCAGCAGCGGUAGUGGGUUGCUGUACCAGCAGCAAUCCCUCGCCUCGCAGCCCUCCUAUCUGCUGGCGCAGCAGUUUUCUCUGCCCCUGGCAUCCCCAGGGGCGGGGCUGGGUGGCUCUGCAGGAGGAGGAGCAGCAGCCGGUAUAGCGGGGUCCGCUCACGCGCUGCCCUCGCAGCACUCCGUGCCGCUGCCGCCGCCCUCGCUGCACCCUAACCAGCCCCAGCAGCAGCAAACCCCGCAGCAGCAUGCUCCCGAGCCGGCGUUUGCGCAGCCCUCACCCUUCGCCUCCCCCUCCUCAGACCUGCACCCGCAGGCCCACUCCUCGCCUCCGCCCCCUACCACGCAGCACGCUCCGCCGCAGACUCCCCCCCAGCACCACCAUCCCCACCAGCAGCAGCUCUCCGCGGCCUCCCCGCCCUUCCCCCCGCCACCGCCGCCACCCCCGGCGCACCCGGCCUCGGCUUCCUCCCCUCCCGCGGACCCCCAUUCCCCCACCUCCCAGCCGCCCCAGCCGCUGCCGCCCUCCUCCCAGCAGCCUCAGCCGCAGUGGGAGGAGAUGCAGCAGCGCGACGCGCAAAUCCUGGUGCUGCAGAAGAAGCUGGGCCACUUCCGUUCCUGGCUGGCGAGUGUGCAUGCCAAGGUGGCGGCAGCCAACCCCUCCGCCAUCAACAACUACAAGAGGCUCUAUGUGGGCAACCUGCCGGCAAACACAACGGAGGAGGAGCUGCGGCAGUUCCUGCACUCGCUGAUGGUGCGCACGGGCGCCAACGCCGCACCCGGCAGCGCCAUCCUCUCAUGCAAGCUCAAGUCGGCUCCCGCCCCCGGCGCCCCCCCUGGCUCCGCCGGCCCCGUGCCGCCGCCCGGCCCCGGCCCCCCGGACAAGCACUACGCGUUCAUCGAGCUGCGGAGCGUGGAGGAGGCGAGCAACGCCAUGGCAUUUGAUGGGGUGGCAUUCCGGAACUCAUACCUCAAGGUCCGGCGCCCCAGCAACUACGAUGCCGCCACCGCCAUGAUGCUGGGCCCCACCACCCCCGACCCCACCAUCGACCUCAGCCAGCUGGAGAUCUGUCGUACAGUGGUGGAGAACAGCCCGCACAAGCUGUUCGUGGGAGGCCUGCCCUGCGAGUGGAGCGAGGACAUGGUCAAGGAGCUGCUGCUGCCGUACGGCACCCUCAAGAGCUUCAACCUGGUGAUGGACAAGAGCACCGGCAAGUCCAAGGGCUAUGCCUUUUGCGAGUUCGCGGAGGAGAGCUCCGCUGAACUGCUCAUCCGCAACCUGCACACGCGCCGGGUGGGCAGCAAGGCGCUCACCGUCAAGCGUGCCAUGGAGGGCGGGCGGGGCGGCGGUGGACCGGGCAUCCCGAUGAUGCCGCCUGCAGUCGGCGGCGGCCCUGGCGGCGCCCCAGGCGCUGCCGGCGGCGGCUCCGUUGCCGGUGGAGGUGGCGGCGGCGGCGGUGCUGCGGGCCUGCCUGCCCACGCCGCUGCGCUGCAUGCGCACCUGAGCGGUCACCUGGGCCAGCAGCUGGCGGCGGCGGCUGCGGCAGCGGCGCAGCAGCCGGGAGUGGUGAUGCCGGGAGUGGGCAGUCCGCCGACUCCCAUUCCGCUGACGCCGGCGGGGGUGGCGGCGAUGGCCAAACUGGCGGCUUCUCCGGCGGGUCCGAAUGGCCCCGGCGGCGGCGGGGUUGCUCCCGGUGCUGGAGGUGGCGGCGGCGCGGGAGCAUCGGCGGCGGCUGCGGCUGCCGCGGCUAUGGCGGCGGCAGCGCUGAGCGGUGUGGGUGACGCCUCGACGCCGACUGCGCUGCAAGUUGCUGACGCUAUCAGCGCCCUGCUACAGCAGCACAACGCGGCCGCCGCAUCCCGCAGUAGCGCCCUGCUCUCAGCAGCCGCGGUGGCGGCGGCGGCAGCUGCGGCAGCCGCGGGAGCCAACCCGGGCGGUCCUCCGCCGCCGCCGAACCACUCCGCCACCGCAGCCGGGCUGGCGGCGGCGCUGCAGCAGUUCCAGCGCUCGACGGAGCUCUCAUCCGCUGCAGCGGCAGCUGCUGCUGCUGCUGGCGGCAACGGCGGCGGUGGCGGCGGUGGCCCCGGCGGCGAGCUCCACCAAGCGCUUUCCUCCCGCGGCAGCCUGCCGCAUCACUCGCACGUGGCGCAUGUGGCGGCUCACCACCUGCAUUCGCCGCUGCAGACGCAACACUCGCACCCGCACCUGCAGCAGGCGCAGGACGCUGCGGCGGCGGCAGCAGUGGCGCAGGAGGCCGCACAGCAGCUGGCGGCGGCAGCUGCGGCGGCACAGCAGCAAGGGGUGGGAGUGGGCGCGUUUGACCUGUCGAGUCUGGCCGGUUUCCAGGGUACUGGCUUCUGGUGAGGCGUGGCAGCGGUGAAGUGCGCUGGUUGGUUGCAAUGGUGGAAAGUUAGGGCUGUGCGACGGGUGGCUUUCUGAUAAAUGCUUGUCGUGCGUGGCAGCUGCAGCCGGUCACAGCCAGUGGCAGGGCGUGUUGUGUUGAGGCCGGUGGACCGGUCCGAGUGGGAACUCGACGGGGCUGUCAGGCGUGGGAGUUGGUAGGUUGGGUGUUAGUUGCGAUGCUGCUGCUGUUUCCUAUUGCUUGCUGUUGUUGUUGCUGCUGCUGCUGCUGCUUUCCUCCCAUGAAAGCAAUCCGGCCAUGACUUUCUUCUGACGCCACUGCUAUUACGCAUUCACAUAACUCUUGCUCGAUUACUAAUGUGCUCUUUUGCCGCGAAGUGAGUGUUGUCGCGGUCGUUAUUGACGCCGGUACUACGGGGCCUUGGGAUGGUUUUUAAGGGAAAGGCGACUUAAGCGGGGGUUAGCUAUCCUAAAAAGGGUUGCUAUCCAUGGUAAGCGUGCUGCCCUAUCCUGUGCUUGCACCAAAGCAACAGGUAUUUCUGGGAAAACGGAUCCUACGGGGAGGGCCCACGGUUUUAUCUGGGCUCAUCUCGGGCGCAUAAAUGCGGCGCGGAACAGAUUGGGGGUUCGCGCAUUAAAGCACCGUGGGAAUAAAGGCCUUAUGGCUUUGGAGAAAGCGAGACGACUUCUAAAGGCGUUGGGUGUUGCAUCGAGUCAUAGCAAUUCGCAUGGGUGAAUCCAGCAGCGCAACUACAGCUGUUUCGAGCCGGGAAGUGGUUGAUUGAUUGGGAGAAUUGAGUUGCUUGGCACACUCGCUGCAGUGGGUGUUGGCUGGGAGAAUGCGUGUGGUGGCGGCCUGAGAUGAUUGGCUGCCGUUGUGCAAGAUACAAAGUCGUACCACGGGGUUUGAACACGUGUCUUCUCUGUAUGGGUGUCUCCAUUGGCGGCGGGCUGCCUGGGUUCAUAAUUACACGCACUUGUAUACUUGUUGAUGUUGUUCUGUCCGUUGUUGUUGUCGUUGCCUAGGGCUGGUUAAUCCCCGCCUUGAUUGUCCCAGCGUGGUAAAAUGGUUAGCGGCUUGGGACUUGAUUCGCUGCGCUGCCGCUGAUGUUGCUUCUGCCGCCGAUGGUGGUGGUGGUGGUGGUGAUGGUGGAAUGGUUUGGUGGACCAAGGCAGGCGAGCCCUACGCUCAGGGCUGAGGGGUUGAGUCCUAGCCACGACUGUGCGAUGAUCAUGGUGGUGAUGACGGUGGUUAUCCCUUUUCGCUGUCGUUUGUUUGUUGCCUAUGAGCAUGUGUUGCGCUGUCGUACUCUUAUCAUUAGUAGCCGCAGUUUUCUCUUCGGUUGCUGCUGCUGCUUUGCGAGGUCUGCCUGACUCUACACGGCCACACUAGGAAUGUUUUUGGCUGGGCUUGAACGGGAUGAUAGGGGUGUAGAAUGAGGUGUGUUGGGGAAUGGGUUCGCUGCUUUUGUUAAACCUUUUCGUGCGACAGCAUUUGCGUGUGUGUUUGUCCCCGCCAUGCGUGUAUUGGGGUUUUGCGUUGCGCGGUCGUUCUCCUUGAAGGGGUUUUGGGAACGUUUCUGAACAAGGGCGAUGGGGAUCGUGUGGGCAAUCAACAACACGGAACGAGAUGGCGGAUUGGCUUUAUUCUUUGCUUACUUAGCUUUACGACUGUAGGAGGGGAGGGGAGGCGCUCCCUCCUAUCGUUGUUGGGUGUGGGUGCUGGAUGAUGGGUUGUUUGCCGGGAUGCUGAGGGCCGUGGCGUGCUCGUCAUAUGGGGCUUUGAGGUCGGUUGGUAUAGUUACGGGUUGCGGGCGUCGUUGUCUUGAAGCCUUUGCCUCUGCGUAUGUCGUCUUUCCUUGCUUGGGGUUUGCAUGUGCUCCUCCACUGCUGGGUUGACCUGGUUAGGUCUGGCGGUCGAGGAAGAGCUCCAAGGGUCUUUGCUCAUGCGCCUUUGGUGCUUGUCACGAGUUGUCGAUCUGCUGGCUGCGUUUCGUAGUAGAUGGCGGUGGCGUAAGGGCUGAAGAAGGGAGGGGAAAGGGCAAGGAGGGCGACGGGUGAGUCGUCAUCUCGUUGGCUUUACUUGGCGCCAUCUGCGUCAGCUUUAUUUGUCAAGGAGGUACGUAUCCUCCCGUUUACGCGAAGAUAUGUGAUGUGGGGAAGGCGCGGGAGAAGGGCGCCUCUUUGUAUGGAAGGUCGAAAGGGUUUUGCACGAUGCUGCUGGUUCUUAAUUCGAAGGUCGAGACAUGCUGCAUCUGCCCUGCUUGCAGCCCCACCCCCGCUUGCUGAGGAGCCCCAUGUUGGCGGCCGCUUCGAGCUGAUUGGGCGUUGAUGGCUGCUUGCACGGUGCUGCUGUUGGAGGACUUGAGACGUUGGACAAAAUGAGAUCCGCAUUUGCUGAGAGCGGCGACGGACGGAUACAGACGGACGGCGCCUCCUCUUUAUUUCCGCGCGCGCCUCAUUCUAGCCUGACGGCCUGCAUCUGCCGAGACACAGCUUUGUACCACAAUCUGCAUUCAGAUUCAUGGGCGCCGUACCGCGCGUUGCAGUGGGCCCGUUGACGUCGCUUUGACUCUGCAAAGUGCGCUGAGACUGUUCUGCUGCUUGAACCCGGGAGGCGGCGUGGAGAAAAGGUUUGUUGGUGUGUGUGCUGCUGCUGCCGGGACUUGGGAAGGUGGCGGCGGAGAGCGAGUACGUGCAUUCCCCCGGUGGUGGGGGGUGUCACAGCGGUGGUUGAGACGGCUGAAAGAGGCCGUGUGGGUCCUGCGUGCUGUUGUGCUACGGGUUCCUUGUCUGCAUGUACUGUUUGUGCGUGUGCGUUACGAUUGAAGGUACUUAUCAGGUCCUUGAAGCAGGAAAAUGGCGUGCGUGUGCGUGUGUGCGUUACAGUGUACGUGUGUGUUGGCAUGGGAGGGCGGGGGAGCGGUCAUGAACCUCGGGGGUUGCUCGCUGCAGGUGCGGCAGGAAGUCGGGAUGUGUAUGUGAAGCUUUGCUCGGGUGGUGUUGAGCUGGUGAGCGGGGCUGGGUCGUGCCGUGAGGAGUCUUUCAAGGCGUUGCGCGCUAGUGUUGUGAAGUGUGGCGUGUGGUGAGCUGUAGGAGUAUGGUGGGUGCUUAUCGUCGUGGUGUCGUAGAAGCCUUGCCGAAUCAGAAAUAACACGCGGGGGGCAGGGGGGGCGGGGAUGGGGGGCAUGGCAGCGGCUCUAGGUUUCCCGCUUGUGACCGGCCGGGCGCACAUUCUGCGUCCCUGCGAUGUCGCGUGGGGCUCUUGCAUUGCCGUACACUAUUUGCCCAAUGUCCUUUCCCUCUUGUCCCGCCCCCCCCAUCCCUCUUAAAAUAACUAGCCUUGCUUCUUUGUCGUGUUGCUCUUGCUGCUGGGCUGCUGCAAUCUUUUGUUUUCAUCUCUCUAUACUCGUCGUCCUAAUCACUCCGCAGCCCGUGUCGUUCUUGCGUUCCGGGGUCUGUUCGGGGCUGUGGUGGGCAGGCCAUGAAGGAAGUGAAAUCGCGUCGAUAGCAAAGCACCUACUUUAACUCUCAUAUCACACUCGCUAUUUUCAGCAGCAGUUGUGGGUAAUUGUUGGUUACACCGUAGUUGGUAGUGCCUCAAUAGUCUGGUAGUUCGUUGUUUCCUGUGAUAGGCGUGUGUGUUGCUAAUUUGACUCCCAUCUUUUGAAUCGGUCAUCGUGGGAACGGCAUAGUUCGAGACGAAAAAUCAUAUGUUAUUAUUGGCAUUGCUCUUGGUGUUUGUGGGUGCGGAUUGUCUUCGACAUUGGUGUGUGCGAAUCUACCUGCCACUCAACAGCAGGGGCUGUUUCCGGCGGGGUUGAGGGGAGCUAAGUCGCGAUGAGGGCAUGUCAGGCUGUACGUGUAGGGUAUGUAGCAUGUACUGGAUGGGGGAUAUAUAUGCGGACGCUAUAUGAUAUGUCACCAUCUGGCAUGCGCACCGAUUCCGUUGUGGGCUCACAUUCCAGAGCGUCGAUAUGCCUCUCGCCGCUAGGUCACACGCCCCUGACACGGUGGACUGUGAAGUGUA